ACGGAAAUGGAGAGAUAGACACUCUGUCUGUUGUGACUUGUGAUAGCUUUUGAGUUGAAUUAAUAAUCUUCAAAAUUGGUAUAUCAUAGUCUACUUGAUAUCACAGUCUACAUGGCCAAUUAAAAGCAUGGCGUUAGUAACUAUAACGAGAGCCAGUUUGGGGAGGACGGCUAAGCUGGGGGCAUUGUACGAUAUAAGGACUGAGACAUUCCUGAAAGACACUUUGUUUGCCUCAAAACUUGAAGAUGAUAUGGUGGAUACCAUGGACCUUGCAGAGACAGUGAUUGAGAUGACAACAUCAGACAGCCUGUUGGAAAAGUGCAAGAAACUCAAUAUAGAAGCUGAACUUGAGGUGAGUGUGGCAACUGGAAUGGUGAAACUUGAUGGUUCUGGAGCAUUCCUCGGAGAUGAACAAACGAGUGCCAGGGCCCAAAGCAUGAGUCUCAUCUACAAGCUGAAGACAGUCAAUGAGGAGGUCAUGCUGAGACAAAACAAAGAUAUAAUCGACAAGGAGAUAUUGUACGAUACGAAGCCUGAUGCAACACACGUCGUAGUAGGUAUAGAUUGGGGGGCUCAGUGUACCAUCACUUGUGAGUAUCAGAACGUGGAGAAUGCUGAUGUAACCACUGUUAGGGAGGAAAUAAAUGUAGAGCUAGAGAAACUGAAGAAGGAAGCGGAUGCAAAGGGCACGGUAAAGGUAGAUUUGGAAGAUAAGAUGAAACACGAGAAGAGAAAGUUAGCUUUUAAAUGUAGGGCUGAUGUGUCGUCUCGAGAUAAGAAUCUUCCUGUCACAUACGAGGGAGCAGUUGAUAUUGCCAGGUCUUUACCUACUCUUGUCGAAAAUACUAACGGUGGCAAAGGGGUCCCUGUCACGUACCAUCUCAUGCCUCUCGAAAAUGUAAGAAAAAAAUGCAAGAUCCAAGUAGGCAUAGAAAACGUAUACAGGGAAAUUGAUGAAGCAACUAUUAGGAGAGCUACUGGGAUCCUGGAAAAGGUGAAGGAGAAACGGCAACAAGUUCAUGAUAUACACCAAGACAUGACUCAUAACUGUGAAUACAUUUCUGAUGAAACACUUAAGAAAAUUGAUGCAGUUUUGGGGGAGGUCAGAAACAAAGAAUUCCGUUUCAAAUUUGAUCUUCAAAAUGUGGUGAAAAGUAUUCGAUCCGGGAAAGGUGACUCAAGUGUUCUCGAAGAAUUUCUGAGUAAGAUAGAUUCUCAUGAGAUUUCGACUUCAAAUUACGAGAAUGAAUUCACACCAUACCUAAGAAAAGUCAGAAAUGUCAGAUCAAUGUUAGAGAAGGGAAUCAAGUAUGUUGGUAAGAAGGAUGAGCUUGUCAAAGACGGAAGAGAAAACAGUUUUGUUUUCUAUAUUCCUAAAUGCGGUAGUAGGGACGUUGUAGAGAAAAAUAGAGUUUAUUUCAUGCGCCUUUUAUCCUCUUUAUCUGACGGAGAGACAUGCCAAUUCAUUGUAGCAGACCAAGAAAUUGCACCUAGCAGUAUCUGGCCAGAUUACAUAAAUGAACCAACAAUUGAGAAGUAUGUAAAUGGCAUGCGAACAAGUGAAGACCUUUAUAAGGAAGAGGGCAAAUUCCUAGAAAUGUGCAUGAUCCAAGUUGUUAACCCGCACCCAGAUGAUCACAUUUCCAGAGACAAAACAAUUGUGAAAAUUAGAUGCCCAAAUACUCUAGCUGGAGAAGGAAGUGGUUGUAUUGGAGAUCCAGAUACAUGGAUUUGUUCAAAUUGUAAACAAACAGUCGAGUAUGGCACAUUGUCAAAGAUGUUUUACUGUAGGUGCGGAAAAUCGAAACCCAAGGAUUCAUAUUUCCGCUGCAAUGACCCACAUCACGGCAUGGACUUUGUAAGAUAUCCUGAAGCAAUUCUGCAUGACAACCUUUCCAGACUUGAACCGGUGCAGGAAAUGAACAUCCUUAUUCUGGGAGAGACAGGAGUUGGUAAAUCCACUUGGAUCAAUGGGUUUCAAAACUACCUGAAAUUUGCCAAUUUAACUGAGGCAAUGGAGACUAAGGAAUUCGAUGCUCUGGUUCCAUCUUCGUUCAUUCUUACUAAAGACGAUGAGCAAAGAGAAAUUAACAUUGGCACACGGGAUAGAAAUGAAGAGCAGGAAGUAGGAAGUUCAGCGACAAAAGAACCAAGGUCAUAUGUCUUUAAAGUUGGGGACAAACUGCUGCGAUUGAUUGACACACCAGGUAUAGGUGAUACUGGUGGUAUCGAACAGGAUAAAAUCAAUAUGAACAAAAUAUUGUCCUACCUAACGUACUUCUCCCAAUUACAUGCAAUAUGCAUACUUCUAGAGCCCAAUAAGUCGCGACUUACUCCAAUGUUCCGAUUUUGCAUACAAGAGUUGCUUGUUCAGUUGCACAAUUCGGCCAAGAACAACAUUGUGUUUUGCUUUACGCAUGCUCGACAGACUUUCUACCAGCCAGGUGAUACUCUGCCUGCCCUUAAUAAAGAGCUCGAGAAUAGGAAUGUUGGGAUCCAGGUAACAAAGGAUAAGUACUUCUGUUUUGACAACGAACCUUUUCGAUUCCUGGCAUGCAUAAAGAACGGGGUCAUGUUCAAUGAAGCAGAUAUCGCUACCUAUUCGUCUAGUUGGGACAGGUCUGUGGAGGAAACAAUGCGUCUUUUAAAGUACGUCGAAUCUGAGCUGACGCCCCACAACGUCAAAGAAACCAUUGGCAUGAAUGAGGCCAGACGAAUCAUUCUCGCCAUGGGGAAACCCCUAGCUGAAGUAGCAAACACAAUAAACCAGAAUGUAGAGGUAGCUAGGGAAAUCACAAAAAUAAUUUUGAAGGCAAAUAAUGAAAUCAGUACUCUGAAAGAAGUUCUGAAAUUUAAAGGAUAUGAUGUGUCACGUAAAGAACUUAACUAUCCCAGGACAGUGUGUGCCUCCCCUAAGUGCAUCAGCUACGUUCCAGUUGGUAACACAAUGGUUCAGAACACAGUAUAUGAAACGAUUUGUCACUCCCACUGUCACCUACCCGGUGUCCCAAUCGAAACAACAAACAAUAUACAACUCUACAAUUGCCAGGCCAUGACAGACGGUACAUGUGACACCUGUCAGCACAGUUACAAAGAGCAUAUGCACAUUACUUACGACUUGGUGAAAACAGAAACGGAGUUCCUAUCCCCUAAAAUUCAAAGUGAGAUCAAUCGAAUUCGCAACAAAAAAUCCAAGAUACAAACAAUGAUACAUGAGAUAAACAACAAAAUUGAAGAAUUGAAGGUAGAAGAAAAAAUAAUCAUGGAAACUGCGGCGAAGUUUGGCUCUUUUCUGAAAUCAAAUGCUCUUAUACCAUACAAUGAUGCCGUGGACGACUACCUUGAUAUGUGCAUAAAGCAAGAGGAAGCAAAACAAGGCAAGUAUCGAAAUGAGACUAUACUCGACACUAUGAGAAAUACCAAACAAGAAUACAACAAACAGAGAGAGAUACUUGACAUCGCCUUAAAGGAAGGAGCUAACGAAAAUGUAACAGAACCGGAACACGUAAAAGAGCUCCAAGAGAAUCUCUUUCAACUUAAACAUUUUGGAGCUACCCUGAGGAAGUUUUUCCAAGACAUUUCACUUGAGCACACAACGAGAAACCUAAAUUUUGAAGAAAAGAUUGUACCAUCAUCAUCUUGGACAGAAGACAAGACGGGUAGCAAGUUUCCUCAGAAAAAGAAAAUGUUCCAACGCUUUAGUGAUUGGUCUAUUCCAAGAACAUUGGUCAAGAGGGCACACUCUAUCAGCGAUCACUACCACCUGCAACGGGAACUAGAUCACAUCAAGUCGACACUCGUAACUAUAAAUGGUUAUCCUCCACACAAGAUCAAGACCGAACCGACCCCGUCUCGUCCGAAGGAGUCCACCAAAGCUACGGUUAUCUUGCCUUACAUAGGUCCUACUUCCCACAAACUUCAACGCAUUUUCAGAGCAGCCAAGAUUGAAGUGAGACACCGAUCUUCCAACAAGUCACAUGCUGCCCUCUAUACUCACAAGGACACCAAGCCCUCAGCGUCACGCCCUGGGGUGCCAUGA